AUGAAUGGGUACCCUGCUCCAGAUGACGAGUCAGACAGCUCGGACACAGCAGCCCUGCUACCCCCUGGUGAAAGCAGUCGAUCUACUUCACAUGUGCUACAUACGUGGAACUCUCAUGAAGGUGCUGUGGCGAGAAGGCUGCUGGAUAUGGCUCCUGUUCCGCAGCCACUGCCUCCUGCUGUCGUGCCUCCAUCUCACAGUGAACCAUCACUUCCUAGUGGUGCAAAUGUGGAAUACUAUCCAAUAUGGACCAAACCUACAGUUCCUGCUGUCAGUGGUAGUGGCUCAGUAUAUGAAACUCUUUACCCACGCACAGAACCGCCUCCUCCACCACUGCCGCCUCGCGCAUUUCCCCCACAAAAUGGUUGUUCGAAGCAUCACCGUCCACUAGAGAGAAUGUGCGCCUUACCGUAUCCUGGAGCGGGCCCUGGGUCGGAUCCACCAGAAGUGCCACGUCACAACAAACCUAAGACGGCCAGACACACAGCUCCUAGUCUGCCUCCUAAACCUAAGAAGAUUGUUAACCCAGAAGACACUUUUGCUUUUGAGAUUGUUGACACAGAUGAGCUUAAUCCUACAGUGACAGCUGUUACGUCGUGUUCUAGUCAUAAAAACGCACAACCUGUUUCGUGUUACAAUGGACACAGUGCUAGUGGACCAUUGACAAACAGUGAACGUGCUGUUUCUGUACGUAGUGUUGAUGAAGCCCAGCCGGUGAGACAAUCAGAUAUUCCUGUAGAGGAGGCUAAAAGUGAUAGUAGUGAUGCUUGCAGAGGAAAGUUUCCUCCUACUAUAAACUCGAGAGUUGGUGAUACUGCACCUGCCCAGGGUGAAGUCAGUGGUUCGGCACAGUCUGAUUUACAGAGAUCUCACAGACAUGAUGCUUUUCAUUUGGAUAGUGAAGGUGUAACUGGAGUUUCUAGCAAGAGGCCAACACAGCUGGCUGUAAAUGGGUGUGUGGGAGAUACUAAUAAUGAUAAUGAAGGGCAGACUUCAGCUGUUGCUGCACCAUUGGCUACCCCUGAGCAGGACAGCAGUUUAGUAGACAGUUCCUCAGUUGAAAAUUUGCUUGAUGAGGAUGCAGAAGAAGAAGAGGAAGAUUCAGUUUUUUUACCACAGGUCAAAAUACCAAAGUGA